CAAAAUCAAAAUAUAGGACCCAAUCGAAAAUCAUCAGACAAUCCUACAUAGAUGGCUGAAUUUUCUUAAAUGUACUGUAUAGAUAGAUAGAUAGAUAUACCCACGUAUAUGUAUAAUAACACGUAAGAGAGCUUGGUUGCGGUGGUGUGGUUGAUUGAUCACUCGUAUCGAUUCAUUUGCUCGGCGGAGGUUAGAAAUUCCGGUGAAGAAUGUCGUUCUCGUUCUUCAAGCCGUUGAGGCCCAAAACCCCGGCGGAGCUCGUGAAAGCCGUUAAAGAGAGCCUCAUGGCUCUCGAUUCCAAGACCAUCGCCGAAAUUAAAGCGCGCGAAAAGGCAUUGGAAGAAGCUGAGAAAAAUAUUAUGUCAAUGAAAGUUAUGCUUUUAGGAGAUGGAGAGUCUGAGCCAAACCCAGAUCAAGUUUCACAGCUGACAAUUGAAGUUUGUAAUGAAGAUGCUAUUGCUCUUUUCUUUCACCAAUUACCUAUACUGGGAUGGGAAGCAAGAAAGAAUUUAGUUCAUUGCUGGUCCAUAAUGUUGAAACAAAAAGUUGAUGACUCAUUAUGUUGUGUGAGAUACAUGGAAAACCACUUGGAGUUGCUAGACUUCCUUGUUGUUUGCUAUGAUAAUAAGGAAAUUGCUUUGCAUUGUGGAAAUAUGCUUCGGGAAUGCAUCAAAGUGCCCAGUCUUGCAAAGUACAUCUUGGAGUCUCCUUGCUUCGAAUUGUUCUUCAAGUUUGUAGAGCUGCCUAACUUUGAUAUAGCUUCUGAUGCAUUUUCUACCUUUAAGGAUUUACUCACUAAACAUGCAUCUGCAGUGUCAGAGUUCCUGACUGCUCACUAUGACGAGUUCUUUGAGCAUUAUGAAAAACUCCUGAUGUCUUCCAACUAUGUGACAAGGAGGCAGUCGCUGAAGCUUCUGUCAGAAUUUCUAUUAGAAUCUCCCAAUUCUCAUAUAAUGAAGCGUUAUAUUGCUGAAGUUCGCCAUUUGAAAGUCAUGAUGACAUUGUUGAAGGAUUCAAGCAAAAAUAUUCAAAUAUCUGCUUUCCAUAUUUUCAAGGUGUUUGUGGCCAACCCUAACAAGCCUAAAGAAAUAAAGGUGAUCCUGGCCAAGAACCAUGAAAGAUUAUUGGAUUUACUUAAUAGUCUCUCUACUGGGAAAGGCGGUGAAGAAGACGAGCAAUUUGAAGAAGAAAAGGAGUUGAUUAUUAAAGAAAUAGAAAGAGUAGCUCAGUUGUCCAACCCCAGAUCGUAGGUCCUAUCCGAUUCUUUGAUGUUGAAGGAAUGCCUAGUGUCAAUUGUGUGUCAUAUAUAAUAUGUACAACAGAGUUUUGUGUGCAGUUGUAUUUUUUAUGGACAACAAAAUUCAUGUAUAGUCCAAAGAUUGUCAAAUGUUUGACUGUGAUUUUUUAAAAUUAAAAUCUUAAAACAAUGUGAGUGAUGCCAGUCUAUUAUGCCGUAGUGAAUUUUAUGCA